AUGCUAAAUUCGUGGGCUGAUUUGGCUGCGAAUUCCGCGCCCGAGAAUGCCGGAACAUCCAACUCCACAGCUCCGUCGCGGCCCGUUUAUGUGCCUCCCCAUCUCAGGAACCGAGCAGCAUCAGCAUCAGCGUCAGCAGAAUCCUCCCCUGCUCCACUACCACCCAAUGUGAGUACUAACAAUAAUAAUAAUAAUGCCGGAUCACGGUGGGGUGCGCCCAGAAACGGUUGGGGGAACAGAAACGGUGGUUGGGAUCGGCGGGAAGUGAACCCCUUCGGAGAUCAGGAGGGCGCAGCGGAAGAAGGAGCAGCAGCGUUUGGCGAGCAGCAGGAAAACACGGGAAUUAAUUUUGACGCGUACGAGGACAUUCCCGUUGAGACGAGCGGUGAAAACGUGCCCCCACCUGUGAAUACUUUUGCGGAGAUUGACUUGGGCGAGGCUCUUAAUCAGAACAUUAGACGCUGCAAAUAUGUGAAGCCAACGCCCGUUCAGCGGCAUGCCAUACCCAUAUCCCUUGGCGGACGGGAUUUGAUGGCUUGUGCACAGACUGGUUCCGGAAAGACUGCAGCAUUCUGUUUCCCUAUUAUCAGUGGCAUUAUGAGAGGUCAAGGCCAGCCCCUCCAGAGGCCCCCUCGCGGAGUCCGUACUGUCUAUCCACUUGCCCUUGUUCUCUCGCCAACUAGGGAGCUAUCCAUGCAAAUACAUGACGAGGCUAGGAAGUUUUCAUACCAGACAGGGGUUAGGGUCGUUGUUGCCUAUGGUGGAGCUCCAAUAAACCAGCAGCUACGGGAACUUGAGAGAGGGGUCGAUAUUCUUGUUGCAACUCCAGGAAGAUUGGUAGAUUUGCUGGAGAGAGCUAGAGUUUCAUUGCAGAUGAUCAGAUAUUUGGCGUUAGAUGAGGCAGAUAGAAUGCUGGAUAUGGGUUUUGAGCCACAAAUAAGGAAGAUUGUAGAACAAAUGGACAUGCCUCCACCAGGUGCCAGACAGACUAUGUUGUUCAGUGCCACAUUUCCGAAGGAGAUACAGAGACUAGCCUCUGAUUUCCUUUCAAAUUAUGUUUUUCUGGCUGUUGGAAGAGUGGGCUCAAGUACUGAUUUGAUUGUCCAAAGAGUUGAGUACGUUCAAGAGUCUGACAAGAGAAGUCACCUAAUGGAUCUUCUUCAUGCGCAGAGGGCAAAUGGUGUACAAGGAAAGCAAGCUUUGACCUUAGUUUUUGUGGAGACAAAGAAGGGAGCUGAUGCUCUCGAGCACUGGUUGUGUCGUAACAGUUUUCCAGCAACUACUAUUCAUGGUGACCGGACACAACAGGAAAGAGAAUUGGCAUUAAGAUCAUUUAAAACUGGCAACACCCCCAUAUUGGUUGCAACUGAUGUGGCUGCACGUGGUCUUGAUAUUCCACAUGUUGCACAUGUGGUGAACUUUGACCUUCCUAAUGAUAUUGAUGAUUAUGUACACCGUAUUGGAAGAACAGGGCGAGCAGGAAAGAAAGGCCUUGCAACCGCAUUCUUUAAUGACAACAAUGCUUCCCUAGCUAGGUCUUUAGCAGAUCUGAUGCAAGAAGCAAAUCAAGAAGUACCUGAUUGGCUCUCACGGUACGCAGCUCGCUCUUCUUAUGGUGGUGGACGGAAUCGUCGAUCAGGUGGAAGCCGAUUUGGUGGCCGUGACUUUCGAAGAGAAGGUUCUUUUGGUAGAGGUGGUUCUGAUUACUAUAGUACAGGGAACAGUGGUGGGUAUGGCAGUUCUGGUGGGUAUGGUGGAGGAUAUGGUCCUGGGGUAACCAGUGCAUGGGACUGA